AUGGUUAGGCCACCUGUACCUGAUGCAAUGAAAGGCCGCUGGACUCCAGGAGAAGACUUCAUGUUGGCGUCUUACGUUCACGAGCAUGGUGCAAGCAACUGGAACCUUGUCCCUCGAAAUACUGGAUUGGAAAGGAGUGGAAUUAGUUGUAGACUCAGAUGGAUGAAUCAUCUUAAUCCUGACAUUAAAAGAGGAAAAUUUACUCAUCAUGAAGAGCAAAUAAUUAUCCAUUAUUAUGCUCGGUUUGGGCCACACGGAUGGGUAAAUAUAGCUGCACAGCUGCCGGGUAGGACUGCCUAUGGUGUUAAAAACUAUUGGCAUAACCAUCUUAAGAAGAAGGUGGAUAUAGUUAAUGGUCAUGUUGAUGAACCAAUAGAGAAUCCAAUUGAGAAUCCAGUUGUUGCUCCUGUUUAUCAGGCUCCUCCCUUCCCGGCUCCUAGUUUUGCACGAGAACGUGAGGAUUUUGACUACCCUUUCAUUGCUCGGGCUCCUAGUUUUGGACCAUACCUGCCCACUGCUCAGAAUCCUAGUUUUGCACGAGAACAUGAGGGUUCUGCCUACCAGCCCAGCAUCUUUACUCCUUUGGAUCAUGAUUAG